CAGCACACUCAGAGGUUUCCUAAAAAAUGCAGCCUCUUCUGGGAGAGAAGAAGAAGCUCCGCGGCGUCUUCGGCUGGUGGCCGCUGUGGCAGGAGGUCAUACCAUUGGAGGAGGAUGGCCGUCCAGAUCGUGCCCUGAUCGUUGCAAACUUGGGUGCUGGUGUCAUGAUUGGUAUCCGGCAAGGCCUGAGUGCAAUUAUGACGGCGAGUCUGAUAUUUACCGCGGCUGGCGUGCCAGAGCUCAGUGAUAAGUUUGCAUUCGGCAUCACUAUGAUGUGGUUUUCAUCUGCAGUUUCAGCACUGUGGUACGGCCUGUUUGGACGUAUGCAGAGCGGCCUCAUUGGCAUCAACGAUGUGAUUGGUAUCCUAUGGGGAACGAUUGGCGGGCAGAUUUCGCAGCAGGUAGACUCAGCCCAAAUCUUUCCCACGCAGCUGGCAAUUAUUGCCGUCAGCACCGUGCUCACGGGCAUGGCAUCGAUUAUAUUUGGACAACUCGGUUUGGGGAAGCUGAUGCUUCUGUUUCCCGCGCCGGUCACCAGCGGAUUCCUGGGUUCGAUCGGUUUCUUUAUUUUCAAGAGCUCCCUCCAGAUUUCUUCUGGUGUAAAGUUCCACUACCUCUGGCCAAUCAGCUUCGAGGAUUUCCUUCAGCCUCAGCCACUAGCUCGUGUUGGCUGCAUGUUUGCUGCGCUGGCAUUCAUGCGCAAGGUGCCUCCCCUUUUGGUGAAGGCAUUCCCGUAUCCUUCAGUGAAGAAGCUGGGUGGAUUGGUGUGUCAGCUGAUCCCACUCUUCGCUUUUUACCUGGUCACCAGCCUUGCUGGGAUUGACAUGGAAGAAUUGACGGAUCAGGGGUGGACCUACCCAAAGCAAGGCAGCAGCAGUCCUUCUGUUCUGUGGACCUCUAGAAGCCUGUCAGACGCAGAUUGGAACUUUGUUCGGACAACCCUCCCGUCUCAGGGCCUCAUUGUGAUGAUGUCCGUGCUAUGCACGAUGACCGGCGUGCUCGGCAUAUCUGGCAAAUUCCCCAGAGGACCACUAGGCGAUCCUUCUCCAGACGAGACCAUUGACUAUGACCGCGAACUGCUCACGGUCGGUUGGGUGGACUUGAUCUUGGGCCUUGCAGGCGGCAUUAUCACCUUCCACCGGCUGGGAAGCACCGUCCAGCUCCGAAUGGAUGGUGGAACACAUCGUAUUGCUGUGUUCACAUGUUCCAUCUUUUGCGCCGGUCUCUUCCUUUCCGGCAUACCGAUCGGACACCUGAUUCCCACAUGGUUCUUGGGCGGUCUCUUCAUGAACAGCUCGGUGAGCCUCGUGACUGACGCGCUAUUCUCCUUCCGGCAGUUGCCAAAGUCCAAGUGGAGUUUCUUGGGGUGGAAGCUUCCAUCCAUGGAGUAUGGCAUCACCAUCGCCUGCAUCGUGGUGGCUAUUGCAUGGUCGCCCUUCGCCGGAAUCUUCACAGGUUUGGCACUGUCAGUCUUUGAGUUCCUGUGGCACAGCUCACAGAGCCACCCCGUGAGCGGAAUCAGCGCGGGGCACCUCUCAGUGGGCCGCACCAAGCGCCCCGUGUGGGAGCUCCGCGUGUUGCGACGGGAAGGCGAUCGCAUCGUGCUGCUGUUCCUUCAGGGCCAGCUCUUCUUUGGAUCUGCGGAUCAUCUAUCUCAUACUCUUGCAACGGCAACGGACGAGGCUCGCCUGAAGUACUGCAUCCUCAGCUUUGCACGGGUCAUUGACAUAGACGCCUCUGCUGCAAGACAAGUCAAGACAUCUGUAGAGAAGGCUGCAAGGAGUGGAGUGCACGUGUACUUCUGCCGAAUGACCCCGGAUGUCUUCCAGGAGCUGUCCGUGGCGGGCGCCAUCAAGUCUCCUGACCCAGCGCUUCGUAAGGUGCUCUCGGACCGUGGCAUCAACUUCGAAAGUUGGCAGAAGGCCGAGGACACUCCCGCCACUUUCUUCGAGGCAAGUCAGGCAGAAAGCUCCAGUGGCAUUGCCACGUUUCCCAGUCGCAGGCGGAUGACUUGCGAGUUCCUGCCCCUGGGAACAGGGAAAUUUGAUGCCUUCGACACGGAGUCCGACGCCUUGGACUAUUGCAACGACCUCUUGUUGGAGGAGUACUGCUACAAGGACGUGGAGAGCUACAAAAAGGCUUAUCGUUUGGCCUGCAAGGCAGGUGAUCGCUUGGCGGAGGGCGACUUCGAAGACAUGCACUUCCUGCCGCGGGGAACCUUGGAUCGCUUGAAGCCUCACUGCGAGGUGAUGAACCACUUGCCUCAUUAUCAGAAUCUGCCGCAUGAUUGCGAGCCAACGCUAUACUUCAUCAUGCGAGGUGCCAUAUCCCAAUUUGAAGAGACACAGAACGAGGAUGUGAUAGUUGCCCGCAGUGGCAAACUUCAAACAGAGGUGAAAGGCUUCACUGGCCGUGGAAGGAAGCGACUUCGAGCGCGUUUCCCACCUGGUCAUGCAGGGAGCCUCAGCUUCAGAAGCGCACCGAGCUUUGGGUUUGCGUUGCAGGUGGUGGGGAAGACUUCUUUCUUCCUCACCAACGAUGGCGUGGUGGAUCGCAAGGUGCUGCCUAUGCUGCAGGUCUCCUCGCGAGUGUCCGGCUAUGCAGAGGUCUGGGGGCUGAAGCGGAGCGCCUGGGACCAGCUCCCUGCGGACCUGCGCGGUCUGUUGCAGGAUUUUAUGCUAUUCCAGCUGGCAGACGACAGGCAGCAUGCGCUUCUCAUCGAAUGAGGGAGCCUGCAGUUAUGGAGAGCCGCA